AUGGUGACACCUAAUGGCUUAAUAGCUUCUAGGUCCAGCAGUGUAGGGACAUUUGGGUACUCGGACUAUGACGACAAAACACCCACCUUUACGCAUUCCAUAGAGCAGAGCACUCAGGAAUUGGUAGCAGAGAAACAGAAGAGUGACUUGCUUUUAUCACGCAUGCUGCCUGUUCCUGUCCUGCGCCGACUGCGGGCACAGCGCGCUGUUCCAGCAGAAGCGUUCGACGCAGUCACCAUAUUCUUUAGCGACAUCGUCGGCUUCACCACCAUAUCGGCCAGUAGUACUCCCAUGGAGGUGAUAAAUAUGCUCAAUAUGCUGUACAGGUUAUUCGAUGAAAAGAUCACUCACUACGAUGUAUAUAAGGUUGAAACAAUCGGAGAUGCCUAUAUGGUGGUUUCAGGAUUGCCCCAAAGGAAUGGGAACCAGCACGCGUCAGAAAUAGCUGAUAUGUCCUUAUCGCUAAUGCGCAGCCUGGAAGGCGCCCACGUGCCACAUUGUCCCACAGCGCCGCUCAUGAUCCGGGCUGGCGUCAAUACGGGCCCGUGUGUCGCGGGUGUUGUGGGCGCUACCAUGCCUCGUUACUGCCUCUUUGGCGAUACCAUCAACACUGCCAGCCGCAUGGAAAGCACCGGCGAAGCCAUGAAAAUUCACAUAUCAAUCACAACAAAGACAGCGCUCGACGAAAUUGGAAAAUAUGAAGUUCAGUCAAGAGGUCUCCAAAAUGUAGCGGGUAAAGGCUACAUGGAAACCUUCUGGCUUCUUGGCAAAGAAGGUGGAGUUAGAGACGAGAGCCCUCGGGGACCACAGCUACACGACUACCAACAAAAUCUGAUGGAGUUGCUCAUUCGAUCCUAA